CCCUUCAUUGGCUUUGAGCUCGAGAUGGAUUUGACGUACCAGAGCAGCAGAGGCUAAAGCGGAUAGCCAAACAAGAAGCCCAAUAUUUUACUAACGUUACACCUUAAAGCAAUCAUGGACGUAGUGUCGGAAACGGAUCGCCGCGGGGGUGUCGAUAUCGAGGAGUAAUAUUCUCUCAUUCAUCCAGUAUCAGUUGUCGAUGAACUUAUAAGACCGACUAUAAGCUUUGUGCAGGGAAACAAUAAUAAUCAAACGACACGGAAGGAAGACAAACACAGAGAAAAGCGUCUGCUCUCCCCCUUUCAUCCAUGCAUGUCUCAACGUUUGAGGUUUAAAACAACAUGUCCUGCUCUGGCAACCUCAUUUGGGAUGUAAGAAAACGCACCAUUGGAUGCACAGAUCCAUUUGCGGUCAGGACAAAAUAUUUAGGGAGAAAAGAGUUUGUGCAACGACUGAAGCUUGAAUCCGUUCUCAGUGUGCACGAUGGAUGUGUUAACACCAUAUCCUGGAAUGAAACCGGAGAAUACAUCUUAUCAGGCUCCGAUGACACCAACUUGGUUAUCACAAACCCUUACAACAGAAAGGUCAAGACGACUAUUCGUUCAGGACAUCGGGCCAACAUCUUCAGCGCUAAGUUCAUGCCCCACACUAACGAUCAACAGAUUGUGUCCUGCUCAGGAGACGGCAUCAUUUUCUACACGCACACAGAAAAGAGCCAAGAAAUCAACAGACAGUGCCAGUUCACAUGCCACUAUGGCACUGCUUAUGAGAUAAUGACGGUGCCAAAUGACCCCUAUACCUUCUUGUCCUGUGGAGAAGAUGGUACAGUGAGGUGGUUUGACUUGCGGAUGAAGACGAGCUGCACAAAGGAGGACUGUAAAGAUGACAUUUUGAUUAAUUGCCGGAGAGCCGCUACCUCAAUAUCCAUUUGCCCCCUAGUCCCCUACUAUCUUGCUGUGGGCUGUUCAGAUAGCUCCGUGAGGAUCUACGACAGAAGAAUGCUGGGAACAAGAGCUACGGGUAACUACAUGGGCAGAGGGACGACCGGCAUGUGCGUGCGUUUUGUCCCAGCCCACCUGUCCACCAAAUCCUGUCGGGUCACCUCUCUGUGUUACAGUGAAGAUGGACAAGAAGUGCUAGUCAGUUACUCCUCUGACUACAUCUACCUGUUUGACCCCAAAGAUGAUCAGGCCAGAGAGCUCAAGGGCCCUUCUGAAGAGCGGCGAGAGGAGCUGAGGCAGCCACCGGUCAAACGUUUGCGUCUGAGAGGGGACUGGUCAGACACUGGACCGCGUGCUCGGCCUGAGAGCGAGAGGGAGCGCGAUGGAGAGCAGAGUCCAAAUGUAUCGCUCAUGCAGAGGAUGUCAGACAUGUUGUCACGCUGGUUCGAAGAGGCCAGCGAGGCCCAGAGCAGCAGAGCACGUCCUCAAACCCGACCCAGAGGUAUAACAGGUGCAGCAGCUCGACCAGAAGGGACGUUUGCGCCCUCGGAGACGCACACUGAGACACAGGAGCCUGCUGUGGUGUCGGCUGAAAGACUGAUGGAGGUGGAGACGCCUGCCACCGAUGCUGCUCCUACUGCACCUGCAGAGCCUCUCCCCAAGUCCGUCUCCUCCUCUUCCUCCUCAGGCUCCUCCUGCACGGUGACAGCUCCUCCCCCAUCUAGCUCCUCCUCCAUGGAGAGCGGCGCAUCCUCCUCUCUCCUCUCCUCCCCAGACAGAGAGCAGAAGAGCCAGGAUGAGGUUACGCCCACUCCCUCGGCCACACCCACUCCUUUAGCCACACCCACCCCAUCUAGAGAGGCAGCUUUAUCUGAAUAUGGUCCUCACCGGCUGCCGGUAAGUUUAGUGUGUAGACGUUUGCAGAGACUGCUUCUCUUGAACGACCCCCCUGGACAGGGCAGACGCACAAUGCCUUCUAUACCCGUGACCUCCAGCCCAGGGAGCUCAGCCCACCCGGCUCCUGCUGCUGCUGCUGCUGCUGCUUCUGACACAAGCCCUCCUGCAGAUUCUCCCUCAUCUGUGGUAAACAAACAGCUCGGAUCCAUGAGUCUGGAUGAGGAGCGGGGAGGUGCAGGAUCAGCAGGACAUGUAAUCGGUGAUCAGAGUGCAAGUAUCAGUGAAGCGUCCCGAGAGACUACAGAAACCGUGCCAUCCACAUCAGCGCCCUCACUUGGCACUAGCGUCCCUCCUCCAGGGCCUGGCCGGACGGGCACAGCAGAACCGGUCCUUAGCCUGCACUACAGCACUGAAGGCACCACCACUAGCACCAUCAAACUGGACUUCACCGAUGAGUGGAGCAGCCCAGCGUCCAGUGCCAAGGGCGGCUGUGGAGGACACAAGCCUGUGGAGAGCCAGCCCAUGGGACAAACCUCAGUGCAGAGGUCAAUCCCACCCUCAGAGAAGCAACCCACACCCGAUGGGGCGCAAACUGCUGACAGUGGCAAUGAAAAGCCCUCCAUCAGCUCUGAAAACAACACACCACCAGCGGCACCACUAGAGGGGCUGUCUACUGAAGACACAGCUCAUCCCAGCGCACCCCGUCCCUCGGAGGAGCUCCAGGCUGCUGGUUCGGAGGACUGCAGGAGGAGCGAGACCGCAGGAACGGGCGGUCAGGGUUCGACUCAACCCCCUCGAAAUAAUCAGGACUCUGAUGACAGUGACGACGACCCGAUCCUUAUCCCUUCUGCCAGGUACAGAGGAGGUCAGGGACAGAGAUUUAAUUUCAGAGGAUCAGCUGUAGGUGAUAGGAUGAUAAGACGCUCUGCCGCGGCCCGCAUCCAGGAGCUGUUCCGCAGGAGAAAAGAAAGACGUGAGAUGGAGGAGAGUGAGACUCAGAACAUCAGGAGACCCUCUGUCAAGAUGAUGUAUAAGGGCCACCGCAACUCCAGGACCAUGAUUAAGGAGUCGUGUUUCUGGGGGAAUAACUUUGUGAUGAGCGGCUCGGAUUGUGGCCACAUCUUCAUCUGGGACAGACACACAGGAGAGCACCUGAUGCUGCUGGAGGCCGACAACCAUGUGGUCAACUGCCUGCAGCCUCACCCCUUUGACCCCAUUCUUGCUUCAUCUGGAAUUGACUAUGACAUUAAGCUGUGGUCGCCUUUAGAACAGUCACCGUCAUUUAACAGAGUCCUUGCUGAUGAGGUGAUUGCUCGUAAUGAGUUAAUGCUGGAAGAGACGAGAAACACCAUCACCGUCCCUGCUUCCUUCAUGCUCCGAAUGCUGGCAUCAUUAAAUCACAUCAGAACAGACCGUGUGGAGGGUGACCGUUCAGAAGGAUCUGGACAGGAGAACGAGGAUGAACAGUAGCCCUCCUGCUAAAAGUGAAUGGUUUUUUGCUACAGUGCACUUGAGCAUUUGAGAUUUGUACAAGUUACAAAAUAGAGUAUUUCCUUAUUAGUUCAGUUUUUGGCAUUGUUAUUUUUUAAUGAGACUUUUCUAACUAAUUACUCUAUAUGAGAGUAAACUGCGUCUGGGGAGUUCAUGCAAAUAAGAUAUGUAAGAAAUCAAAAGACGGGACUAGACGGCUGGUGCUUGAGAGUAUUUAAGUGCAAUAUUAAUUUGUUAAAUCAAAUGGUUGAGCUUUGAACGGUGUUAAGUGUGAAAUCUUAUUGUAGCCUCAAAUGAAGAACUCAGAUGUUUGUAUACCACGAAUUAUGCAUGUCAAACAUGAGUUUGCUGAAAACAUGUUCUCUUAGUCUCUAACAAUGUUGUGUAUAAAAAUGGCUCUUUUUUUGUCAUUACUAAAUCUUGACAUCUUCUGCCUAACCCCAAUUACAGGUACUUCUUGCAAUAUUUCAUUAUCCAAAACAGGCACUAUACAUUGUUACACUGAGGGAUGUUUAUGAAAAUUUAUUAAAAUGAGAACCAUUUUUAA